AAGAGCACCAAGAAAAACUGCAAAAACUUCUCCUUGAGUAGUAAAGAGUGAGGAGGCUGGAGAAGAGCAAUGGCGAAGUUGAAUGGCAUAUUUCAGCUGUUUGCUCUAGCAGUUGUUCUUGCUGUUGCAGCUGCUAGAAAUGUGCCUAGUGAGGCUGGCCUUGAUGACCAAAAGAAUUUGGUUGCGUUUGGUGGUAUUGGUGGCAUUGGCGGAGCUGGAGGAGGUGGCAUUGGCGGUGGUAUUGGGGGUGGAGUUGGUGCCAUAGGUGGAAUCCCAGGACUUGGUGGUGCUGGCGGGUUAGGCGUAGGAGUUGGUGGGUUGGGUGGUGCUUUGGGAAGCCUAGGUGGUAUUGGUGCGGUCGGGGGCUCUGGUGGUGGAUGUGAUGUUUGUGGUGACGAGAGCAGUAGUUCUCUGCUUAACCCAUGAUUGAUUAGAUAUCUUCUUCCUAUUUGGAGCCGUUUUCUGUAACUGGAAUUGUUUCAGUUAAUUAGGUGUCUAAGGCUUAUUUAUCCUCAUGUUUUAGUUGUUUCGGAUCUUCUGUGUUGACUAUUUGUCGUCGAUCAGUAUCCUAAAUAAGACCUUUAUUAAGGUUAUCAACGUUGUAAUGUUUCUUCUUUUCUUUUUUUUUUUUUUCUUUCGUUUUUGGCAAUGGAGUUAAUUAGUGCGUGAGGCUCUAUUUUCAUGCAAUGUUAUAAUGUACUGGCUCGCAUGCAUGAGAUGGAAAU